AUGUCUGUUUUGGUGAAUGGCAUCCCGACUAAAGAAUUUGUGGUGGGAAGGGGUCUGAGGCAAGGCGAUCCAAUCUCCCCUUUCUUGUUUGUGCUUGCGGCUGAAGGUUUAACUAGAUCGGCAAGAAGGACUAAGGAGUUGGGUGAGUUUUCCUGUUUCAACGUUAAGAGUUCGUGCAAGGUAUACUUUCUACAAUUUGCGGAUGACACUUUGAUGGUGGAAAAUGGCGGCUCUCCUUUUUCAAAGAGUCGGUUUCAGUUUGUAAGAAGAUUACGAAAAUCCAAAGCAAUUUUAUGUGGGGAGGAUUGGAAGACAAAAGGUGUAUUCAUUGGAUUCGGUGGGAGAAAGUUUGUUCGUCGUUCGUUAAGGGUGGCUUGGAAGGACAUUCUUAGAGCAAGAUACAAUGGUUUUCUAUCUGUUAUUUUUACUGGAGCGGGAGCGUCGGGGAGAGGGCCAAAGUUUUCUUCUUGGUGGAAGGAUUUGGUGGUUCUAGAAAGGAAGAAUUGUCCCGAGAACCAGUCGUUGAAGGAGUUAUUUCUGGCCAUGUUUGCUUCCAGUUCCUAUAAGUACGCGACAGUUGCGGAAAUGGGUGGGUUUUCUUUGAAUCGUUGGUUUUGGGGAGACUUAGGUUUGGAAGGCCUGUUAUCUACCAAGUUUAGGGCAUAUCAGUAUGCCCUUCGGGCUGUUUUAGAUCAGGUUUCGCCGAUAGCAAAAGUUGCGGAUUCCGUUUUUUGGAGGCCUAACGGUCUUAAAUAA